AAUAACAAACUCUCUCAGUCGCUGAUUUUGAAAUUUAAACUUCAGAGCAGAGUAGUCUCACUGUAUAUUGCCCUUGAGGGAGAAGAGAGAAAGAGCGACGAAGAGGAAGAAUGAGGGGAGAGAAGAAGAUAACUCUGGAGGAAUACGUUGAUUUCAUGAACUCUGGAAACUACAUCGACUUCACCUGCUCCUACCUCAAUCAGAUCCUUCACAUCAAUGGUUUCCGAAAGCUUCACAAAUCCAAUAAGAAAACUGUAGGCGAAGCAGUAGACGCAGUGGAUCUGAUAGAUCUCUCACGCUCAACUCUGAAUCAAACCUCCGUCUCGUCGUCAUCAGCUUCCCUCACUCUCGAUCAAGUGAUCACCGACAUCGAAGCUCUCAAAUGGCAGGAGUGCUGCCUCACCUCUCUCCAGAUCGUCAACUCCGAUCAAGUCACUCGAUCAGUGGAAGCCAAUAUCCCCAAGCAGCGAUCGAACAAGAGGAAGAUCGGAAACCAAAAGAAGAAGAGGAAAAUGCGAAGAGCUUCAGAUCUAUGAACGAAAGCAGCAGCAGCAGCAGCAGCUAAUGAUACCUCCUACGAAGACGACGACGUAACCACUCUGUGAAAAUUUCUAAUUACAGUUUAUUAAGCUUCCUUAAUCUCACGUUUGCAACAGAUAUAUGCAUUAUACUAGAAAUAUUAUAUGACUAGUGAACAAUCUCAUAUAACGAGGAGUAUUAUAUGACUAGUGAACAAUAUUAUAUGACAAGAUGAAAGCAUUUGGGAAAUACAGCCAAUUGUGUUUGUUUUCUGUCCUUCUGCGGAGUAUAAAAUUUAAGAACAUUUUAUGUAUGAGAUUUAUGUAUUCACUCUUCAUU